AUGAAAGUGAAAGAGGAAAGACAAGAUCUGAAUGAAGUGGAGGAGAAGCAUCAGGAUCAGAAAGAUGCUGAAGAACAAUCAGUUAAUUGCUCUAAAACUGAAAAGAGUUGCUCACAAAGCAACAUUCAAAUGACAGAAGUCAAAAGGCCUUUCACCUGCCCUGAAUGUGGAAACACUUUCAAACAUAAAAGAAGCCUUACGUACCACACGUUAGUUCAUGCUGGAAUAAAGCCUUUCAGUUGCUCUCAGUGUGGAAAGAGUUUUACACAGAAAAAACAACUCAAAGAUCAUGUGCUUGUUCACUCCUCAGAAAAGCCUUUCAGCUGCUCUCAGUGUGGAAACACUUUCACACGUAAAGCAAACCUUAAAAAUCACAUGAUAACUCAUAGUGGGAAAAAGCCUUUCAGCUGCUCUCAGUGUGGAAACACAUUCACGUGUAAAGGAAGCCUGAAGAAGCACAUGUUAAUUCAUGCUGGAAUAAAACCUUUCGUCUGCUCUCAGUGUGGAAAGAGUUUUAUACAGAAAGGACACCUUAAGAUUCAUUUGUGUGGAAGCACUUUCACACGUAAAGCAAGCCUUAACAAUCACAUGAUAAUUCAUAGUGGGAAGAAGCCUUUCAGCUGCUCUCAGUGUGGAAACACUUUCAAACGUAAAGGAUGCCUUAAGAAUCACAUGUUGAUUCACAAUGGAAUAAAGCCUUUUACCUGCUCUCUGUGUGGAAAGAGUUUUAUUCAGAAAGGACACCUUAAGGUUCAUAUGAUAACUCACUCUUCAGAAAAGCCUUUCAGCUGCCGUCAGUGUGGGAACACUUUCAAACGAGUUUCCCAUCUCAAUGGAAAGAGUCCAGAUCUCAUCACAGCCGGAUCCACAGACGACUUCUGGAGCUUUGAUUCAUGUGACACAUCUGAACCUGCCCUUCAGAGUCUGGAAGAAGAUGCAUCGUCCCGAACAGUGAGUCUGACUGCAGAAGAUCUGAGCUUGCACACAUACAGAUGGGUGGAGAGUUAA